AUGUCAUGUUCCAGUUGCACGCCAGAUCAGGCAUAUUAUUUCUAUCUUUUUCUUUUCUGUUUUUUUUUUUCUUCUCACAUUUCUUUUCCUUACAUUCUGCCUUCUUUUAUGAAUAUUUCUCUUCUUUUGCGUCUUUUUUCGCUCAUAAGAAUAUUCUUGUUCCUUUCUUUCUUUCUUUCUUUCUUUCUUUCUUUCUUUCUUUCUUGUUCCUCUUCCUUCUCUUGGACAUUGGCUUUUAUUUCUUUAUUUCGUUCUUUCUUUCUUUCUUUCUUUCUUUCUUUCUUUUGUUUGCUUAGACUUACAAUGACUUUUCUCUCUUUUCUUUCUUUUUCUUUCUUUCUUUCGUUCUUUCUUUCUUUCUUUUGUUUGCUUAGACUUGUUCGUUUCCUUCUUUCUUUACCACUUCCUUCUACUUGUUCGUUUCCUUCUUUCUUUUACCACUUCCUUCUGUUAGACAACGACUUUUCUUUUCUUUCUUUUCUUUUUCUUUCUUUCUUUUUCUUUCUUUUUUUUCUUUUCUUUCUUUUGUUUUUUAGACUUGUCCCCGUUUUACUGUUCCUUCUUUUAAACAAUGACUUUUCUUUCUUUCUUUCUCUCUUUCUUUCUUUCUUUCUUUCUUUCUUUCUGCUUCCUGUUCCUUUCUUUCUAUCGCUCUUUCUUUCGUUCUUUCUUUCUUUCUUUCUUUCUUUCUUUCUUUCUUUCUUUCUUUCUUUCUUUCUUUCUUUCGGCCUUUCUUUCUUUCUUUCGGCCUUUCUUUCUUUCUUUCUGUCUCUUCGAUCUUUCUUUUUUUCCUUCUUUCUUUCUUUCUAUUUAUAUAUUUCUUCUUUCUUUCUUUCUUUCUUUCUUUCUUUCUUUCUUUCUUUCUUUCUUUUACUCCUUUUCCUUUCUUAUUUGUUCUUUCUUUUCUUUCAUUUUUGCCCCUUUUCCUUCCGUUCUUUCUGUCUUUCUUUCUUUCUUCUUUCUUUCUUUCUUUCUUUUGAGAUUGUCUUUUUUCAACUGACCAACUUUCUUCCUUUCUCUUUCUUUCUUUCUUUCUUUCUUUCUUUUUUUUUUUCUUUCUUUCUUUCUUUCUUUCUUUUUUUCUUUCUUUCUUUCUUUCUUUCUGUCUUUCUUUCUGUCUUUCUUUCUUUGUUUCUUUUUUUUUAUUUCCAGUGUAUCUUUGAUCUUUCAUUUUUCCUUCUUUCUUUCUUUCUUUCUUUCUUUCUUUCUUUCUUUCUAUUUAUAUAUUUCUUCUUCUUUUUUUUUUUCUUUCUUUUACUUCUUUUCCUUUCUUAUUUUUCUUUCUUUUCUUUCAUUUUUACUCUUUUUCCUUUCGUUUUUUCUUUCUUUGAGAUUCUCUUUUUUUCAUUGACCAACUUUCUUCCUUUCUCUCUCUCUUUCUUUCUUUCUUUCUUAGCUUAUUUCCAAUUUCCAUUCUUUCUUUCUUUCUUUUUUUCUUUCUUUCUUUCUUUUUUUUUUCUUUCCAGUCUCUCUGGGUGCUUUCUUUCGGGUUUCUUUUUAUAUAUCUCUUUCUUUUUUUUUUCUUUAUAUCUAUCUACCUUUCUUUCUUUAACUUCCUUUUUUUUCUUUUUCUUUUCUAUUUUCUAUUUUCCACUCCACUUCCAUUUUUUUAACUGUAAAAUCCUUUCUUCUUUCUUUCUUUCUUUCUUUCUUUCUUUCUUUCUUUCUUUCUUUCUUUCUUUCUUUCUUUCUAUUAAGGCCAACUUAUUGCCAUCUUUCCCCCCCCCAGCUUAA